UUUUUUAUAAAUGAGAAAGUUGAGAAAAACCGAAAAUCCUCGCCUUUUCCAUUGCUUACUUGCUUCCUUUUUCUUACUCCAUGCUUUCAAUUAACCUGAUUUUACACUGGCAGCCAAACGCAGGCACAAUGGUCAACAGCCAAAUCCUCACUGAAGUUUCCCAGUGCGCUGAGGGCAUCAAUGGCGUCAAGGAAGGGCGCUGGAAAGCCACCAUUAGCUUCUAUAGAGCCAUUACUAGAGAACAAGCGAACGCCAAUGAAUUCCCGCGGGACUUUUUGGGGAUUUCGCUGUCGGAGCUACCCAGUAAGUACUACUUAGUAAUUAGAGGGCAGCGACUUGUUUUGGAAGCGGAGUCGAGUAUUCAGACGAUAAUGGAGAAACUGCAGUCUUAUAGAACUCGGGUUGCCCUUAAUUUUGAGGGAAAUCAGUAUCAACUUGGUGACUUCCAGUUGCGAGUUGGGAAAGUGGCUCCAUUGCACUCUGAGAGUUUGAGGGGAAUCGUGAUGGAGAUGGAAUAUCUCCCCAUUUCGUCAUGGGAAAAAUCACAUCAAAUCAUGGGCGAGUUCUUUGAUUUGUGGCAGGAAGCUCUCUCAAAACGAUCAUUACCAGGCCAUUUUGUGCAUAUUGAACCGAAUUUUGCAGAGUUUGGCCUCUCGGAUCAAUAUACAGCACAGCAUACAGCUGUUCAGUAUGCUAGUAUCAUGGCUCAAAUGAUAGCCACAGCUCAAUCUGUGCAGCCAGUGAGGAACUAGACUUGGUAUUUUUUGCAUGCUUUGUAGCUAACAUUCAUGAAACUUUGAGUUGACAUGAACUAUUGAAACUCUAGCAAAGUAAAUCACUUGUUCCUGCAUUGAACGUGUAUUUCAGAAAACUAUUAAGUAUAUUUGUAAGCGAUGCUCAAUAUAACAUUUCAAGUUAAUGGACAAGAUAUUAGAAUUUUUAAUUAA